UGUUUCACUUAUUUUUAUUUGCCGUAGUUUAUAGCAUAGUUGCACCUCAGGCAUAAACUAUAAAAUAAAACUAGAAAGAAUAAAGCAUUCAAACAUUGUAGCAUAAAUUUAUCUUAUAUUUCUAUGAACUUUGAUUUAUCAUAAUUUACGAAAAUAAGAUUAUUUAACAGAUUUUCUUCCAUACAGUGGCAGUAGACGAUUUUGAUACAAACUUAUAAUAUUGAUUAUAAGUUACUUGUACGUGUUUUCAGAAAGUAUAGAAUACCAUGGAACCUCAAAUGGACGCAAACGAAUUCAGGAAAUGUGGAACAGAACUGGUGAAUAUGGUGGCUGAUUAUUUGGAAAAUAUAAGAGAUCGUUCAGUGUUGCCGGAUGUCCGUCCAGGAUAUAUUACAGAUCUUUUGCCGGAUUCUCCACCUGAACAGCCACACCAUUGGAAAGAUGUACUCAAUGACAUUGAAAAAGUUGUUAUGCCUGGAAUGACUCAUUGGAAUCAUCCCAAUUUCCAUGCAUAUUUUCCGACAGCAAACUCCUACCCCGCUAUGUGUGCUGACAUUUUGGGAAGUGCCCUCACAUGCAUUGGAUUUACAUGGAUGUCUAGUCCCGCAUGCACAGAAAUGGAAAUGGUUAUGAUGGAUUGGUUAGCGAAGGCUCUUAAGCUUCCUGAGCAUUUUCUAUUUGAGUCUAAGGGAGUUGGGGGUGGCAUUAUACAGGGCACAGCAAGUGAAGCUACUCUUGUUGCUCUUUUGGGAGCGAGAAGUCGUAUUCUGAAUCAAUUUAAAGAUACAUCGUUAGACAAAUUAGUUGCUUAUGCUUCUGAUCAAUCUCAUUCUUCAGUUGAAAGAGCCGCUCUUCUUGGAGCUGUUAGAAUUCGACUGUUGCCUGCAGAUGAAAACCUCAGUCUUAGAAGUGAAACGUUACAAAAGGCUAUUAAAGAAGACAAAGAAAAAGGUCUUAUUCCUUUUAUGGUAAUUGCAACAUUGGGUACAACAAACAGUUGUGCCUUUGAUAAUAUUAAGGAACUUGGCCCAGUGUGUCAGGAACAGAACAUAUGGUUACAUAUUGACGCUGCUUAUGCUGGAUCAGCCUUUAUUUGCCCGGAGUACAGACAUUUUCUUGAUGGAGUUGAGUUUGCGGAUAGUUACAAUUUUAAUCCUCAUAAAUGGAUGUUGGUAAAUUUUGACUGCUCAGCGAUGUGGGUGAAGAAUCGAUACGAAAUUACAGAGGCCUUUUCUGUGAAUCCUACAUAUUUGAAGCAUGAAAUGGAAGGUCAAAUACCGGAUUACAGACAUUGGCAAAUUCCUUUAGGUCGCCGUUUUCGAUCAUUGAAACUUUGGUUUGUGUUUAGAAUGAUAGGGGUGGAGGGUUUGAGAAAACACAUUCGCGAACAAAUUAGAAUGGCUAAGGAAUUUGAAACCAUGGUAGCGUCAGAUUCAAAAUGGACUAUAGAGGCUCCAGUGGAUUUAGGACUCGUUUGCUUCCGUCUGAAGGACUCUAACUCAGAAAACGAAAAAAUCUUGAAGAGAAUCAACGAAAGAAGGAAAAUCCACAUAACACCAACUACCAUACGUGGCCGAUAUAUGCUACGAUUUGCUGUUUGUUCUCGGUUCACUACCUCAGAAGAUGUUAAAUUUGCAUGGUCGGAAAUACAGACUGUGGCUUCCCAACUCAAGAGCAACUAGAUGAUUUAAUUUCUAAUUCAUUUCACUCUUCCAUUUUGCAAUUUUUCAUUUUAUGGAUUUUUAGUUUGUGCAAAAUGGAGUCAAGGUAUUAAUUAUUUGUUAAUUUAAUAGUACCUAUUUUUUAAUAGCUCUAUUAACCUUUAUUUGAUACUGAAUUUUUAUUCAACAUAUUUUUCAUACUUUUUUUCCAUCAUUUUGUAUUAAGAUAAGGGAAAAAUAUUAUAUUUAGCAUUUUUAUAAUUUAAGGUUAUGAUAUAUAGCGUAAAACACCGGCGUCUUUUUCUGUGUUAAAGGUAAAAUCUUCCAAACACGAUUCACUUCCAAACAAUUUUCUUUAAAAAUUUGGUUUGCUUUACACUUAUUUGCUUUACAUUUAUUUAUAAUUAAAAAACACCAAAAUAUUGUUUUGCUUGUAAUUAGAGAUUCAGAAAGAAAUAUAUCAAAGGAACACCGGUGUCCAUUUUGCAUUAGAAGGUUAAUUUGGUUUCCAAGUAAUCCAAGUCUUGAACUGUUCUUAAUUUUCGAUACGCAAGUCUAACUUGCUCAAGUUAAAAGUUCAACACAUUUUUAAAUAAAUGUUUAAGUUACUAAACAGGAUGAUUUAGUUCAACGAUUACAUCCUUGGAAAAGAGUAGGAAGCAUCACAAAGAAGAAGAGUUGCAUAGCAACCAAAUGGCCGGAAAUGCACCGGACUCCACUAGAGGCGCUUCAAUGUUAUGUACUGGCUGUUCAUGCGCAUUUGAACCGGUAAUUACAUUUAUCCAAAUAAUUCUAAUUUUAUGUUUUCUAACAAUUAUUGUCAAAACUUGCAUUGAAAUAGUCCCAGAAAGAACGUUUUCAUUGUAUUUCGCUGAUCAAAUUGGCGAGCUUCUCAUGUUUUGUCGCCAAAUCAAUCAAUUACGCUAAAACUGCUAAAUCUAUAGGCCAUUUUGAAUGCAGUUUUUGACAAUAAUUAUAAGAAAAUAUAAAAUUAAGUUAAUUUAGAUAAAUAAAAGUGCUGAUUCAUUUAAAUAUAGACAGCCGUUCAUAAUAUGGAAGCAAACCGAACGCUAUAAAAUUAUAUUUCUUGAUUUGGGCUUUUGUUCAAUUCUAAACCUUAUUAUAGGCUCUAAUUCCUCGCCGAAUUUGUAACCGCUGAACUGAAUCAUUCAGUAUACGUAUUUGUCAUUAUACAAUAGCUUUAAUAUAUACAUGUAUUUGCCAUUCUACAAAUAUGAAGAAAUAGUAGCAGAAAAAAAUAAUUGAAGAAAAUUUUUAAUAGAAAAUCGAAGUUAUAUCAAUGUUUUAAUAGGAAUUAUUAAUUGCUAUAUUUAUGACUUACCAAUUAACCUUUUUUUGCAAUAUCUUUUAAGCAAAUAUGAUGUGCUUAAAUUAUUUCAUUGGUGAUCCUUCUAUGUGUGAGAAUUUAGUAAUAAAAUUCUAGAAAAUGUUUUAUGAAAUUAAAUAAGAAGUAAAAACAAGACAUAUAAAAUCACAGUUUUUAAAAUAUAAUAACAAUUCACAUAGAACUAGAUAAAAUUUUAAAAAACCACUUUGUUUUAGAGUUUGAAAAAGGCGUUCUUUAAAGCACAUAAUAAAUUAAUUUUAUUCAAAUGUAAUGUCUUUAGCUAUUUAAUUACCCAUACCAGUGUUUUUAAAAAGAACAAAUAACAAUUUUGUUAGAAACUACAUUAUUGAUGAAAUAAUAUACGGUUGUCAUAAAAAUUACAAAAAAAAUUAUAAAUAACUCAUUUAUUUCAUACAUUUUCACGAUGUGCUCAAAAUAUUUGUUAUGCUAUCGUUGUUUGAUAUCACUAGUCAGCUGUAUACGUUUAGUCUUUAUAUCAUAUACCUUUUAAUAAUUUAUGCCGUAGUAUGCAUGACAAAAUGUUUAACAUUCCACAGAAAUGUAAUAAAAAGAGAAUAAAUGUUGCAUGUUUCAAAUAUGA